CGGGCGGGGGGCGGCCGCCGCGGGGACGGCGAUGAUCGUGCUGGGCCGCGUCUCAGGCGCUCGCUGAAGGCGCUGCCUGCCCGGCCAUGGCUCUGAGGGAGCUGAAAGUUUGCCUUCUGGGGGACACUGGUGUGGGCAAAUCAAGUAUUGUGUGGAGAUUUGUUGAAGAUAGCUUUGAUCCCAACAUCAACCCAACAAUAGGAGCCUCAUUUAUGACCAAGACUGUACAGUAUCAAAAUGAGCUGCAUAAAUUCCUGAUUUGGGAUACAGCUGGACAGGAGAGGUUCCGAGCUUUAGCCCCGAUGUAUUACCGAGGGUCAGCAGCAGCCAUUAUAGUGUAUGACAUCACAAAAGAGGAAACUUUCUCAACAUUAAAGAACUGGGUGAAAGAACUUCGCCAGCAUGGACCUCCCAACAUUGUUGUAGCUAUUGCAGGAAAUAAGUGUGAUCUUAAUGAUGUCAGAGAAGUCAUGGAAAAAGAUGCUAAAGACUAUGCAGAUUCCAUUCAUGCAAUAUUUGUAGAGACCAGUGCGAAAAAUGCAAUAAACAUUAAUGAACUCUUUAUAGAAAUUAGUCGCAGAAUUCCAUCCACUGACACCAACCCCGCCUCCAGUGGGAAGGGCUUCAAGCUUCGACGACAGCCAUCAGUGACAAAGCGCAGCUGCUGUUGACUGACCCCUUAGAAAGUCAAACUUUAUUACAGUAGGUGGUCUUGGAAGUUAAUAGUUCACGUUGGGUUUAUCUAUCAGUCUUAGAUCUUUAUCUGCUGGUGUUCAAGCACGCGAGGUCCCCAAGAAGGGCCCGGCUGGUCGGAC